AUGUUACCGAACACCUCCCUGUUCCAUUUCUGCAGGGCCUCCGAGCAUGAAUGGAGGUUGACCGGCAAGGCUGAAGGAUCAUUCCAAGAGGAAGAUAACACCCCCGAGAAUGUCUCAUGGCCUAACCUUGCCGUCAAGAAACGGAAAGGCUUAUCCCCCCCGAGCCUAAAGUCAAUCGAUCCCUUGACCAGAAUGGGUCGAUGGUCCGAACCAAUGCAUUCCAGGUGA